UGCCGGGGCAUGAGGAGGAGAGCGGGCAGUGGGCGCUGGGAGCGGGGCCGUUGAGGUGUGUUGUCAGUCCACAGUGUCGCCAGUACUAGCACAAUGAUGCGAGGACCAAGUUAUGACGAUGCGUACAUCACGCGAAAGAUGUCGCAGAUGCCCACCUUCAGCUCCCCCUCCUACGGACGCCCACCCAUGGGUGGCUACAUGCAGGAUCCUUACGGCUACGACUACAUGCCAAGGCAGAGCAGCCUAACAAUGAGGCCAAAGAAAAUCGAGAAGCGAGGCGCCAGCAAGAAGACCCAUCGCAGCCUCAGCCCGCCCUUGCCCUACCUGUGGCCCGAGCUUGACAAUACCAAAAUGGAGCGCACUCACUCGAAGGGUUGGUACCGCGUUGACUUCGGGCCACAGCGUACCACGGAGACCUGGUACCUCCCCACGGUUAAGGAUAAGCUUAGGUUCCUCAUGGACAAGAGCGCUUCCAACCCCCACAAACCCCACCGGGCCAGCUCCAUGCCGGCGCCCCCGUCGAGGCCCCGGAAAAAAGUGAUCGACACCGAGUUCGAGCCGUACACGUCCCCCAGGUUCUCCACGUACUACGCCUCGGCGGACAGCUCCGUCCCGCUGGUCUUUUACAGAACGGACCGGGCGGCCUCGAGGAAGAGGCCAACCUCUUGGUCUUCGGAGGUGGUGCCUUACACGGCCCGUCUCAGGCUGACGGCGCCGACGUCGGCCAUCUCCCGAAUCCCCCGCUCCAGGGCCCUCAGCCUCCCACCAGCCCGCAUAUCUUCCACCGCACGGAGCGGCUACCCUCCCAUGGGCCCCCCACCCCCGCGCAUGGCCCCCCGCACCAUGGGCCCCUACUACGACUACGACUACGGCUACGGAGGAGGCUACGGCGCGGGCUACGGCGGGGGUUACAGCGGCUACGAAAGGAGCUACGUGCCGCCACCAAGGAUGAGCCGCUACGACAGCUACCUGGACGACGAGUUCUUGGAGCCGAGCACCUACGUUCCCCGCUAUCGUUCUCGCAUGCAUGACCACCUCGACGAUGCCGACUUCCGCGAAAAGAUCACCACCACCCCCCAGGGCACCACCGCAACCACCACCAUCAUCCCUCGGACCGUCGACACCUCCGUGCGGGGCUAUACUCCUGGCGCCCCCGCCCCGAGAGGCCUGGAAGGCCCCGACGACAGCAUGGCCCUGGUGCCCCACCGCAGCCAGCGGCCCAGGCGGGCGCACCUCGAGUCCGGCCCACGCCCCGAGACUUCGGUGGUGCCGGGAGGCGAGUCCGAGGGCGACCGCCACCUGGCCCGCCUGGAGCGCCGUUACCCCAGCCUUUCUGAACCGCAGAUGCUCCAGGACCACGUCGACAAGAUGCGCAUCAAGCUCAAGUCCCUGGCCUUCUCGCUCGACCCGUCCGGCCCCGUCCCCGACAUCAUCAUCCCCGAGAAGAGGAGGACGACCGACGCCUCCGACUCCAAGUACUCCAGGGCCCUGGAUUUCGCGGAGCUUCCCAAGUUGGCCUCCCGCAGACAGCGAUACUACCCAGAGGACGAGCACAUGAAAGACAACCUUAGGAUCAAGUGUCUGAGCCACUACAAGACCACACGCACCGCCGCCGAUUACUGGAAGCCCAAACAGUACAUUCCUGACGAGUCACUCAAGGUGAUGCCCGACUCGUCAUACCGCUCCACCGCCAAGACCGGUGCCCAGUGGGAGGAGCCAGACACAGUAUUCGGCGCUGCCUCCGACAAGAAGCCCUUCUCUAAGGUAGAGACUGGCUCCUCCUUCUUCUCCACCUAUGGUUACACCAACCGAAAGAAGGACUAUGUGGCAGAGAAGGUGCGUGAUUAUUACUACUUCGGGGACAAGGCGAAGGACACAGGCCACGUGCGCUUCAACGGAACAGCUCUUAAGCCCCUCGCCGACGGUGCCGAGGACAUGUCCGAAGAGAAGAAGGAGCGCAGGAAGAAGAAGAAGUCGAAGGAGCGCGACGUGGUGGCCGAGCUGGAGGCGGCGCCCCGCCACCCCCACCUCCACCUCCGAGCUGGAGUCGUCCUCCGUGGCCCCCGCCUCCGCCCCCGCCGAGACCAAGGCCUCCGAAGGCGACGCGGCGCCCGUGUCCGAGGAGCAGGUGGACGACGAGAAGGAGCGCAAGAAGCUCGAGAAGAAGAAGAGGAAGGCCGAGCGUGAGGCCGCCGCCAAGGCCGCCAUGGAGGCCGAGCUGGCCGCCCUCGCCGCCGCCGAGGCCGAGUUGGCCCGCCUCGAGGCCGAAAGCAACUCUCUGAAGACGGACGCCCCAGGCCCCGAGGUUUCCGCCCCCGCCGAAGCGUCCGCCCCAGCUGAGGUUUCCGCCCCGGCCGAGCCCGCUGCCGAGGUGAAAAGUGAGUCCGCUGCUGAAAAAUG